AUGUCUCGGAGUACACCUUGGCAUACAGGCCUCGUGUUACUCUCGAGCUCAUGUGCCUUCGGCGCGGAUGGUCUCCUGAAUCACAGGGAGUUCGUCGUGAUGCUUGUUUGUCUGUGCAUGAUUGGGCUGUUUGGCAUCGUCCUGGACGGCUAUCUCUUGCAAAGAGACAUGGCGAAGGCAAACAACACUUCAUUGGGCCACGGGAUUCCCGUCCAGGAUCUGGAUGUUGAAGAGUACAAUCAGCUCUACGAUGAAAAGGCAUUCAUCUAUGACAAGUCCAGGAACCGUUGGGACAAGGGUUGGUUCAACAACUGCUGGAAGUUUUGGUGCUGGCUGAACUCGGCGAGUUCUGAACAAGAGGACAUGGCACCGACUCCUGAGGAAUUGGCUCUCACCACAGACAUCGAUGGAUACAGCUGCAUGCCGGGAGUGGAAACGAACCUUGGUGAGCUGUUGACCACCGCGGCCCUGGAAAAGCCUGACGGUGUAUGCUUGGAGACGCAAGAUGGUUGUUAUACCUUCAUGCAGGUGGCCCAGAUGGCGGAUGCAAUCCGGAAAGUCCUGCGAAAAGCCUUGCUUGCCUUGGAUCUUCCGACGGAGUCAGACUCGGAGGCACCUGACGCACACAAGCGGCGAGCCGACGAGCACAUAGUCACCAUCGUCCUGCCACGGGGCGUUCAAAGCAUUGCUUCGGUUCAUGCCGUGAUGUUGGAGAAAUGCGCCUACAAUGCGUUCGACAUUUGUGAACCGGUCGAAAAGCUCCGAACCUGGAUCGAGGUCGCUCAGCCUCCCGUGAUGAUUUCAUCCGAUGCCAGUUUGCGGCACUUGGGGAUUAUGGAUGUGGCAGCAGCUCUCGGCGAAUUCCCGAGAAUGGUCCUAGAUGUUGAUCGGGCACUCCAGAAGGCAGUUGGCAACUCCUUCCCCCAUCCUCCAUGCCACUCGCCAAAAGAUCACGACAGGUUGGCCUAUCUCAUCUUCACCAGUGGCUCCACGGGCAAGCCGAAAGCAGUCAUGAUCCGGCACAAGUCGGCCCUGAAUGUCGUUCGCAUCUGGGGCAGGCAAGUGGGCCUGCACGACAGGGAUCGCUUUGCCCAGGUGGCCUCGAUGUCCUGGGAUGUCCAUGUCAUCGAGGUUUACGCGACCAUGGCCGCCAGAGCCACGAGCGUAACAUGCCCCGACAUGGUCAAGAUGGGACCCGACAUGCAAGCGUGGUUGAAAGAGAGACACAUCACUGGCAUGAGUGUGGUGCCUUCCCACUUGCGCACCAUGGCGGGUGGAGGAGCCGACGUGUCUCGGAUGCUGAACGGGCUUCCACACCUUCGAAUUCUCGAUGUCGGCGGCGAAGCCCUGGCUGCAGAUGUCGUGGAGACCUGGGCACCAGGACGUCAGCUCUUCAACAGCUAUGGGCCCUCGGAGAUUUCUGUAGUCUGCACCGGUGGCUACGUGAAGACUGGCGAUGUGAUCACGAUCGGUGCACAGCUGCCAACGUAUCAAUGCUACAUUUUGGAUCCGGAGACAAUGGAAGUGAAAGCCGAGGGCGAGCGUGGUGUCCUCUUUGUGGGAGGCAUUGGCUUAGCACGAGGCUACCUAGAGGAGGAGGAGAAGACAAAGCUCAAGUUCAUUGAACUGCCCGGCAUCGGCCGUGUCUACAACACGGGAGACCUGGCAUCUCGAGGAGCAGCCGGCCGCAUUCACUACCAUGGGCGGGUGGACUGGCAGGUCAAAGUGCGUGGCAUCCGAAUCGAGUUGGAAGCCCUGGAGCAGGCCAUCACCGAGCUUCCCAAUGUGAAGCACUGCGAAGCUCGGGUCUUGGACCAGCGCUUGGUUUUGCUGGCCUCGGGUGCCGCAGAGCUGUCGGAGGCAGAGCUGAAAGCGACCGCGGCUGCCCUGGGCCGUGGCUACGUUCUCAGCCAGGUGCCCCGAGAAGCUGUAUCCGCUGAAGCCGAAGUACCAUCGUAA